CACACACACCACACUCCUCCAUCACCAGCAGAGUCUGAAUACACAGCGGAGUCCAACAGAGGAGGCGCCGGCCAGGACGAGGACCACACUCGAACCCGGACGCAACCCCCACCGGAGGCUGUGUUUGUUUCUGUGUCAUCCCGGCCUGAGAGAUGAGCCUGAGCGCCAGCGAAUGGGAGGACCUGUUGGAGUCCCUGGAGGACAUCAACUUCCACGACCCCCUCAGCAACAUGUCGUCCAACACCAGCGUGGGCACGGUGCGCUGCACCUCCACGUUCAGCCGCAGCGCCUUGCUCUACUCCAUGUGUGUCCUGUACGUCUUCAUCUUCAUCGUUGGCCUGGCCGCCAACGCCCUGGUCCUCUGGGUCAACGCCAGGGCUCAGAGAGACUCCGCCCCUCGCCACGAGACGCACAUGUACAUCGCCCACUUGGCGGUGGCGGACCUGUGCGUCUGUGCCACGCUCCCCGUGUGGGUUAGCUCGCUGGCCCAGCACGGCCACUGGCCCUUCGGCGAGAUGGCGUGUAAACUCACACACCUGAUAUUCUCCGUGAACCUCUUCAGCAGCAUCUUCUUCUUGGCCUGCAUGAGCGUAGACCGCUACCUGAGCGUGACCUGGCAGGGAGACGGCGAGGUUGGCUCACGCCGGAAGCUGAUUCGCCGCUGCGCAUGUGUUGGGGUGUGGCUCCUGGCUCUGGUCGCUUCGCUGCCAGAUACCUACUUCCUGCGGGCUGUGAGGUCAUCACAGGGGGACACCAUGCUGUGCGGACCCGUGUACCCCGAGCACAACCCGCGGGAAUGGAUGGUGGGGGUGCAGCUGAGCUUCAUCCUGUUGGGCUUUGUCCUCCCGUUCCCGGUCAUCGCUGUCUUCUACGCCUUGCUGGCCAGAGCCCUGACCCCUUCCUCGUCCUCCUCCUCCUCCUCCUCCUCCUGCUCGCCGUCAGUGUUGGAGCAGGAGCGUCACAUGAGCCGCAGGGUGAUCCUGGCCUACAUUGUGGUUUUCCUUGGCUGCUGGGGGCCGUACCAUGGCGUCCUUUUGGCCGAUGCUCUGUCUCAACUGGGCCUGAUGUCUCUGAACUGUAGGCUGGAGAACAUGACCUAUGUGGCCUUGCACCUCACCCAGUGCCUGUCGUUACUCCACUGCUGUUUUAACCCCAUCCUGUACAACUUCCUCAACCGGAACUACCGCUACGACCUCAUGAAGGCCUUCAUUUUUAAGUACUCCACAAGGACGGGCCUGGCCCGCCUCAUAGAGGCCUCCCAUGUGUCUGAGGCGGAGUACUCUGCCGUGGCCCUCGAUAACCCACCGCUGAUCUGAAAGUGAGCACACCCAAACAGACGUUUGGUGAACCCGAAAAACGACGGCAUAAUUUAACCGAUUUUCAGACCAACUGUCAGCUCUCGCUCUCGCUCUCUCUCUGUAUGUGUAUAUCUAUAUAUAUAUAUAUAUUUCCUUUUUUUUUGGAUUUGUCCCCCUUUUUCUCUCCAAUUGCACCUGGCCAAUUACCCCACUCUUCAGAGCCGUCCCGGUCACUGCUCCACCCCCUCUGCCGGUCCGGGCAGGGCUGCGGACUACCACAUGCCUCCUCCAGUACAUGUGGAGUCACCAGCCGCUUCUUUUCACCUGACAGUGAAGCGUUUCGCCAGGGGGACGUAGCGCGUGGGAGGAUCACCCCCCCCCCCGAACAGGCGCCCCGACCGACCAGAGGAGGCGCUAGUGCAGCCCCCCAGGACACAUACCCACAUCCGGCUUCCCACCCGCAGACACGGCCAAUUGUAUCUGUAGGGACCAACACGGGGAUUCGAACCAGCGAUCCCCGUGUUGGUAGGCAACGGAACCGACCGCCCCGCCACCCGGACGCAGCUCAAUAUAUUUCUGAGACCUUCUUCACAGCUGAAUGUGGACUUGGAACAACGCAGAGGCGAUGACAUAAGAGAGACAUAAGAGAGACAU